AAUUGUGCAUAUAAGUCAGUGAGGGAAAGAAGUAGCAGUAAUGUUAUAAGUAAACACUAGACAAGGCAAUGUCGGAACACGAGGAAGAAGAUAUGAUGUCUAUAGGCCAGCACUGCAAGCACCCUGGAUGCAAUCAGUUGGAUUUCCUACCUUUCAAAUGCAAGAAGUGCUUAGAAAUAUACUGUGUUGAACACAGAAGAGAACAAGAUCACAACUGUCCUAACUCAGAAAUGGGAAAUACCGAAAUACCACAAUGUCCAUUAUGUGGCCAAUUAAUUGCGAGAGGCUCACAUCAAUCAGCAAAUGAUCAGGUUGAGAGACAUUUGCUUAGUGGUUGUAAGGAUCACGUACUCAGUAUUAAUAGAAAAAGGUCUCACAGAUGUAGAGUCAAGAACUGCAGGGAACACAUUUUAAUGCCGUUUGUGUGCCCAAGCUGUCAUUUCAAUUAUUGCAUUAGACAUAGAUUCUCUGUAGAUCAUCAAUGCGAUAAAAUGAUACAACUCAGACAACCAAUAACAGUACAAUAAAUAAACAUGUAUAAUGAAUGAUGAUUAUUUUAUAUAUAAAUUUGAUUACAGUUGUGUUAUAAGUGUUAUAAGUUAAUAACGAUCCAUAAUUUUCAUUUUGUUAUUUUAUUCUUCUGAUCCAGUCAGAAAAAUUGACAAAUCUUUUUGAUUCUAAGAAAACACAAGAAAAUUAACACAUUAAA